GACUAAUGGACAUCAUUUCAGUACUUCAAUGUGAGCUCUGCUAAGUCGGUGGCGGCACCACACGCAAGUUUGCCGUUGCUUUCAGCGACCGCCUGCAAAUCAAUUGAGCGACUGUUCCAUCCAUCAAUCCGUCCAACCAUCGAGUUUGGUCAGACUCUGAAGAGGCUUGUCUUGUUCGCCAUGACAUCAGAUGGAAAAAAAUGGAUGCUGCCGCUGCUUCCAUGACAGAUUGAAGAGGAGGAAGCAGUGAGUUCCACAUCCCGCAUCCGAAAGUGAGCCAAGCAUGAGGAGCACUUUUGUUGUUGUCGUUCUUUUGUCGCUUGGGCUCGCUGCCGCCGCCUGCGGCAAACUAAAUUGUUCCGAACACCAACACAGCAGGCUGAUCUGCUUCAACGACUACAAUCGAACCAUCACGUGCGUGUGGAACAGCUCGGACGCGCUUAUGGGCGGCGGCAGCGGCGCGGCGUGCAGCCUCCACGCCCAAAGGAUCAAUCAUUAUUUGGAGCGACGCCGAUACAAGUCCGAGUGUGUUCUUGGGCCGCCGGCCGCGCGGACGCCUUCCUCACUGCGGACGUGCUCGCUGGUCUUCAGCAGAGACUGCAUUUUUCAGUGCAACCACGUAGUGAAAGUCCACAUCAACUGCUCUGACGUGGAGAUGCGCUACAGGCCGGCCUGCCACGUGAAACUACCUCCUCCGGGCAAGCCUGAAAUAAACCAGAGCAGCAUUUCCUGGGCGAUCGCCAAUCAGCGCUGGUCGUACAACUUCCAGCUGGAGUGGAAGCUGGCGGGCGAGCCGUGGAAUGGGGCGUCAGUGCGCAGCGAGCCACGGUCCGAGCUGCGUUUGGAGCGGUUGAGGCGAGGGGCGGCGUACGAGGCGCGCCUUCGGGUGAGGCCUUCGGACGGGGAGAUGGAGGGGCUGUGGAGCGACUGGAGCCCUGUCGUACGCUGGACGUCGGAUGUGGGCAAGGACGCAGCGCCGCCUGCUGUCUCCUUGCCGUUGGUUUUGGGGGUGACCAUCUCAGGCACCACCUUUGCCGUCUUUCUGGCUCUUCUGCUCUUCAGGGCGGACAAGACCAACUGGCUUUACGUCUUCAAGAAGAUUCGAGGUCCACUGCUGCCAGACCCGGGAAAGUCCUUCCUGCACAACAAGUGGGAAAGGCCUCCUUUCAGCAUUGAGAACUUGCAGUUCUUCCUGCGACCUGUGGACAUCCUUGCCGUGAGGGCCGCAGGAGGUGCGGACCCCGAAGCCCCCGGAGGUCCCGCAGAUCGUGAAGAUCCCAGAGACCCUCUGUACCCUGGAGGCUCCAGGGACCUUGAUCAUCCAAAAGCUCUUCUGGAGAAGAUGAUGAUGAUGAUGAAGACCACCGCCGUUGGCUUUCCCCCCCUCAUGGACUUCCAGCUGUGUCCUCCUCCCAUUCCUGUAGCCUCACUCACUUUGGACAACCUGAAAGCGUGUGCGCCCGACGACCCCUACGGCCCCACGGGGGCUCUCGCGGACCAAGACCAGGACGGGCAGAUGAAACUCCUCCUGGAAGCUCUCGGAGGGUUCUCCCGGGGCGGCGACGAGGUGACGCCAGUUAUUUCAGACUAUGAGAAGAUCGAGAAGGUCCAGAGUGAACAUUUAGAAGAGACGGGUGGUGAAUGCCAAGGUGAAGGAGGAUUUCCCUUUGAAGGGAUUUCCCUCAUAGACACCAUUCAAGUGAGUUUGGACUACGAGCGCUUUCGGACGCUGGGCCACCACGACGGGCCCGAACUCCCCAGUUCCGAUUCGGGCAUCGGCGGCGUGGCCGAGGAGCACGGAGGCCCCGAGGAGAGCUUCGAGGACGAGGAGGAGCGAGCCCCCGUGGUCCACCGUCCUCCCGGGUGUGAGUCCCCUUUGGGCUUCCGUGGUCCAAUUCUGGAGAGUCUCCAAGCUCUCAUGCUGGAUGCAACAGACUUGGAUUAUGGAUCAGUGGAACCGUCCAGCGAUGGUUAUAUGUCUCUUUGUCCUCAGGAUCACGUCACAAGCUGAAGGACAGCCACAUUUCUGGUGGGGACGUUUGAAUGGGAGCGGGAACGUCAAUCAUUGAAGCGUUAAUAUGCUGAACAAAUUCUCCCUGUGAUUUUCCUCAAUGUGCCGCUGCUGCUUCAUUACAUUUUUUUUCUUCUUCUUGACAGCCUGCAGAUGGUUUCAAUGAAGACAGUGAAAGUAGAGACAAGUGAUAUUUUCCACAGAAGCUGAUGUGGAAAAUAGGCCAAGACACGAGCGUGUUUUGCUAAGUACGGAUUUAUUUUUGGCUGGGGAAACGCUUUCUCUUAUAUAACUCGCUGACACACUUUAAAAAGUGCAUUUCAAAUGAAAAUACAUUAAGUGUAGUUAC